AUGGCUCAGCUUGAUACCCUGGACAUUGUUGUCCUGGUCGGUAUACUCAUUGCCAGCGUUGCAUACUUUACCAAGGGCACAUAUUGGGGCAAGACUGAAGAUCCAUUUGCAAAAUAUCAACUUAAUAAUGACAAGAAUCGAGCACUAGGAAAGACGAGGAAUAUUGUGGAGAAAAUGGCGGAUACAGGAAAAAAUUGUGUCAUAUUUUAUGGAUCACAAACUGGCACAGCUGAGGAUUAUGCUGCUAGGUUGGCCAAAGAAGGAAAAAGCCGUUAUGGGUUAGAGACAAUGGUUGCUGACCUCGAAGAUUACGAUUUUGAAACGUUGGAUACUUUACCCGAUGAUAAAGUUGCCAUGUUUGUCGUCGCUACAUAUGGAGAAGGCGAGCCAACUGAUAAUGCUGUCGAUUUUUACCAGUUCAUAAAUAGUGACCCACCCGAAUUUUCACUCGGCCAAGAUCCUCCUCUUCAAAAUCUCACCUUUGUCGCUUUUGGUUUGGGUAACAACACUUACGAACACUACAAUUCAAUGGUAAGAAAUUUAACUUCCACUCUAGAGAAACUUGGCGCUCAUAAAGUCGGUGCUGCCGGCGAGGGUGAUGACGGUGCUGGUACAAUGGAAGAAGAUUUUAUCGCCUGGAAAGACCCUAUGUGGGCUGCUUUAGCCGAGAAAAUGAAUCUUGAGGAACGUGAAGCGGUUUAUGAGCCAGUUUUUAGCAUCAAGGAGGCUGAGAACUUGACGAAUGACUCUCCAGAUGUGUACUUAGGAGAGCCGAACAGGUUGCAUUUGCAAGGUCAAGCCAAAGGACCAUUCAAUUCCCACAACCCAUUUAUUGCGCCAGUUAUUGCGAGUAGGGAGUUAUUUAACAACACUGAUAGAAAUUGCAUCCAUCUUGAAAUCGAUCUAAGCGACUCUGGUCUCAGCUACCAAACUGGUGACCAUGUUGCUGUAUGGCCAACAAACUCUGGUCGGGAGGUUGAUCGUUUUCUCAAAAUAACUGGAUUACACAGCAAAAGAAAUACUGUAGUUCAUGUGAAGCCUUUAGACUCUACUGCAAAAAUACAAUUCCCCACGCCUACCACUUAUGACGCUAUCGCAAGGUAUUACAUGGAAAUAAAUGCAGCUGUGUCUCGACAAUUUGUUGCAAGCUUAGCACCUUUUGCGCCAACCGAAGACGCAAAGUUGGAGAUGAUUAAACUUGGUAGUAAUAAAGACUAUUUUCAAUCUAAAGUUGGUAGUCAAUAUUUAAAUGUUGCUCAAGUGCUAGAAAAUGUCUCUACUGGAGUUGAAUGGAAAUCAAUUCCCUUCUCGAUUAUCAUUGAAGGCAUGAAUAAAAUACAACCGCGCUAUUACUCUAUCUCAUCUUCUUCCCUAGCUGAGGAAAAGAAAAUAUCUAUAACUGCAACAGUCGAGUCAAAGAGUAUCCCUGGCCGCUCAGACGCUCUCAAGGGUGUCACUACAAACUAUCUCUUGGCCUUGAAGCAGAAACAGAAUAAUGAACAAGACUCAGCUCUACGUGGCUUAUUAUACAAUAUCGAUGGCCCACGGAAGAGAUACGAAGGAAUACGUCUCCCUAUUCAUAUUCGUCAUUCAAACUUUAAGCUUCCUUCGGAUCCCUCUAAGCCAAUCAUCAUGGUUGGACCGGGGACUGGCGUUGCACCAUUUCGUGCCUUUGUCCAAGAGAGGGCUACUCAAGCAGAGUCUGGAACUAAAAUAGGUCGCAUGAUACUUUUCUUUGGAUGUCGAAAAGAAUCUGAAGAUUUUUUAUAUAAGGAAGAGUGGAAAGCGCACCAACAAUCUCUUGGCGAUAACUUUAUGUUGGUGACUUCAUUCUCCCGUGACGGGCCAAAAAAGAUAUAUGUUCAAGAUAGGAUUCAAGAGUAUAGCAAGGAAAUCAACGAUCUCAUCACUAAACAAGCUUACUUUUAUGUCUGUGGCGAUGCAGCUAAUAUGGCUAAGGCUGUUCUUAAUGCCCUCACUAGAGUUAUUUCUGAACAACGCAGCAUCUCAGAGUCAAAUGCUGAAGAAAUUGUCAAACGCAUGCGUAACUCGAGUCAGUAUCAGGUAAGUCUUGUGCACAGCAUUAUGAUUUCCUGUGAGACAGAUCUAAAUCCUACAAAACCAUUGAACGGUCUUUCACUCCUGCAAAGCCUUCAAAUAUUGAAAUAG